UUCGGUGGCUGCGGCGGCGCGGCGCUGGGAGGAGACCGCGCGGAGGGAGGGGGGCUGAACCCGGAAGUGGGUCGGCGCUGGAGCGAGCGCGCCGGGAGCGGAGCUCAGGCCGGGAGCCAGCGGGGGAGCCCUGCGUCCCCGGCGAUGAAACCCUCGGGCACGCCCCUCCAGAAGCUGUUCCCCAAGACAAUCUAGUUGUUUUCCUUUCUACACCCCGUAAGAUACUUAUGAAGUUUCUUGUUCUGAAAUUGUCGCACUGCAAUGAAGAAAAGGAGAAAGGUGACUUCACAUCCUGACGAGAAGAUCCAUCUGGGCUAUCAUAAAGAGGCUUCGGAAGGCCAUGUCGCAGUGGAGUGUGAGCCAGUAACCUGUACCCACUCGGCAGAAAGACCGCCCCAUGAAGCUCUCCACUGUUACCAGGAACUUCCUCCCUCUCCAGAUCAGAGAAAACUCCUGAGUUCUUUGCAGUAUAAUAAGAAUUUGCUCAAGUAUUUAAAUGAUGACAGGCAGAAGCAACCAUCUUUCUGUGACUUACUUAUCAUAGUCGAAGGGAAAGAAUUUAGCGCACAUAAAGUCGUCGUUGCUGUUGGCAGUAGUUAUUUUCAUGCGUGUUUGAGCAAAAAUCCAAGCACUGAUGUGGUCACCCUGGAUCACGUCCCACACUCAGUUUUUCAGCAUUUGCUUGAAUUUCUGUACACAUCAGAAUUUUUUGUGUACAAGUACGAAAUACCUCUGGUUUUAGAGGCUGCAAAAUUUCUGGACAUUAUAGAUGCAGUGAAGCUGCUCAAUAAUGAAAGUGUUGCCACUUUUCAGGCUGAGCUAACUGAAAAGUCAUCACCAGAAGAAACACUAAGUGAGUUAACUGGAAGACUGUCAAAUAAUCAUCAGUGUAAAUUCUGUAGUAGACAUUUUUGUUAUAAAAAGUCUUUAGAGAACCAUUUGGCUAAAACCCAUAGGUCCCUAUUAUUGGGGAAAAAACAUGGGUUAAAAAUGUUGGAGAGAAGUCUUUCCACAAGAAGAUCCAAAAGGAAUCGUAAGUGCCCCGUUAAGUUUGAUGACACCAGUGAUGAUGAACAGGAAAGUGGUGAUGGGUCGGACAAUUUGAAUCAGGAAAAUUUCGAUAAGGAAAAGCCCGACAGAAAUGAUUCUGAGGAUCCGGGGAGUGAAUACAACGCUGAGGAAGAUGAACUAGAGGAGGAAAUGUCCGAUGAAUACUCCGACAUUGAAGAACAAAGUGAACCAGAGCAGCGGGACGUGGAAGAGGAGCCUGAGGCUGGUGAUUCCGUAGGAAAUAUUCACGCGGGGCUAGCACCCGUGGUCAUUCAGAACAGUAACAAAAAAAUAUUGCAGUGUCCUAAGUGUGAUAAAACAUUUGACCGAAUAGGGAAAUAUGAGAGCCACACACGUGUUCACACAGGUGAGAAGCCCUUUGAGUGUGAUAUUUGUCACCAGCGCUAUUCGACAAAGUCUAACCUAACUGUUCACAGAAAGAAGCACAGUAAUGAAACAGAAUUUCAUAAGAAGGAGCACAAGUGCCCUUAUUGUAAUAAACUUCAUGCAAGCAAGAAGACUUUAGCCAAGCAUGUAAAGAGAUUUCAUCCUGAAAAUGCACAAGAAUUUAUUUCCAUUAAGAAGACGAAGAGUGAAAGUUGGAAAUGUGAUAUUUGCAAGAAGUCUUUUACUCGCAGACCACACUUGGAGGAACAUAUGAUUCUACAUUCUCAAGAUAAACCCUUUAAGUGUACCUACUGUGAGGAGCACUUCAAGUCACGGUUUGCACGGUUGAAGCAUCAAGAAAAGUUCCAUCUGGGUCCUUUUCCAUGUGAUAUUUGUGGUCGCCAGUUUAACGACACUGGGAAUUUGAAACGCCAUAUAGAAUGUACCCAUGGUGGAAAGAGAAAAUGGACUUGCUUUAUCUGUGGAAAAUCAGUACGAGAGAGAACUACUUUGAAAGAGCAUUUGAGAAUCCACAGUGGAGAAAAGCCACAUCUCUGUAGUAUUUGUGGGCAGAGUUUCCGUCAUGGGAGCUCAUACAGACUUCACCUACGAGUACAUCAUGAUGACAAAAGAUACGAAUGUGAUGAAUGUGGGAAAACCUUUAUUCGUCAUGACCACCUCACAAAGCACAAAAAAAUACAUUCAGGUGAGAAGGCUCAUCAGUGUGAAGAAUGCGGAAAAUGUUUUGGUCGUAGGGACCAUCUCACUGUCCAUUACAAAAGUGUGCACCUUGGAGAGAAAGUGUGGCAAAAAUAUAAAGCAACCUUUCAUCAAUGUGAUGUUUGUAAGAAAAUUUUUAAAGGCAAAUCAAGUCUCGAAAUGCAUUUUCGCACGCAUUCAGGUGAAAAACCAUACAAGUGUCAAAUUUGCAAUCAGUCUUUUAGAAUUAAGAAAACCUUAACAAAACACCUGGUUAUUCAUUCCGAUGCCCGACCUUUCAACUGUCAGCACUGUAAUGCAACGUUUAAGCGGAAAGACAAGCUCAAGUACCACACUGACCACGUGCACGGCAUAAAGUCUCCCGAUGACCCUCUGGGUCCUUCCGAGGAGAAACUCGUGUCCUUGCCAGUAGAGUACUCAUCUGAUGAUAAAAUCUUUCAAGCAGAAACAAAACAAUAUAUGGACCAGCCCAAAGUAUAUCCGUCGGAAGCCAAGACGAUGUUACAGAACGUGUCGGCCGAAGUCUGUGUGCCGGUAACGCUGGUUCCCGUUCAGAUGCCCGACACCCCAAGCGAUCUGGUGCGUCACACGACCACCCUUCCACCCUCUUCUCACGAGAUCUUGUCGCCACAGCCUCCGGCCACUGAUUACCCGCGAGCAGCCGAUUUAGCUUUUCUGGAAAAGUACACUCUGACUCCUCAGCCUGCAAAUAUAGUUCAUCCAGUCCGACCUGAGCACAUGCUGGAUCCUAGAGAACAGUCUUACCUGGGAACCCUACUGGGCCUGGAUAACGCUACUGCUGUACAGACAAUUCCUAGUAAUGAGCAUCAUUCGUGAGGAAAUGGACCCAUUCCACAGACAUUCCGUUUUUGGAUGGGUAUGUGCUAAUGGUGGUCCAGCGCUGGGGGCCUUUCAAUUAGGAGGGCUGCUGUUUUCUUCAUUUUCUCUGGUUUCUAGAUUCUUCCGAACCGUCUCAAAUCAAGAAAAGUAUGUAUCUCUGUUUACAGAACAUAAGAAUAUUUGGACACAUUUUGAGGUAUAAUAUUUGAAGUGAACAUUUUUGUGAUUUUAAAAGAUGAUUUAGUGCUAAUUUUUAAUUGUAUCUCCAGCUUUUCAAAAUUAUUAGCUGCUGACAUUAUGAGUUUUUAUUUUUUUAAUCAUCAGUGGAAAUUCGAUUCUUUAGUCUCGUUCCUCUUUUCUCCCUUCCCCAUCUUCCAAGUUCAAGGACCAUGCAGCCUUUUAAGAAAGAAUUUAUGAGACGAUACUGAUGAUUUGGAACUGUUCCUUAUCCUAACAUAAGAUUCAUUGUUAUUUCUUCCAGAUUUUUAAAAAACUGAAAUUAGGAAUUUGAUUUUAUAAGACAGUUUUGGAUACUUCUGUGUUGUUUUUCAUCUAGCCGUAAUUUCAGGUUAUCAUUAUGGGGUCUUUUUGACAAACUCAAAGCCAGAAAGCUAAUGUAAGAUUAGCUUGUUCAAUGAAAUGUAGAACUGAAAUAACCACCUAAAUGAUUGGUUUUUGCCUAUGCUUCAAUUAUUAUAAAUAAGAAACGCAAAUCUCGGUCUAUGCAUUAAAUUAUACACGUUGAAAAUGUGUUAAAAGCAAGAUAUGACAGUUUUAAGUAGGCAUGUUUCAAGGUUAACUUCACCCUCUGUGCUCUGCCGUUUAGUUCAGAAACAUUAACACUAUACAGCAUAUAGCUUCAUCUCACCAAGGGAGGGGCAGUGAUAUCUAAUUCUUGACAUUUAAUUCACAAGCUACUUUUGGUCUCAUUGAUCUUGGCUCACUGAAACUCUAGGAAACAGAUAGUGCAUACAUAAGUGUUAGAAAAGAUGCCAAACAAAUUAUAAAAUUCGUGUCGAACUAAACUCAGUGUUGUUUACUUUAAUUAAAGGGAACCACUACUUGUAUGCAGAUUUCCAUGUAAUCCAGAUCUUUAUUUUUGCUUUUCACAUAAGACUAAUGUUAUCCUUGAUUUUUAUUUUGGUAUGAGAGAAAAGUUGAGCACGUGGUGAAAGGAAAUAGCCGUUACAGCAAAACCUCACUGAUUAAAACUAAUGGAGGAAAAAGUCAGUCAGAUGAUAGGUAAUUAUAAAAUACCUUUAAAGAUGUGCACUUUCCAUAUCUUCAAGUCAAUUUAAACUUAAACUAGGAUAAUGUUUCCUAGUGGAGCUGCUUGAAGGAUUAGACUAGGCAGGGUUGAUUUUUUUAUUAGCAUGUCAUUUUUAUGUAAACUACUGGAAAAUAGCAAUUUUAAGAGUUUUCUAUUUCCGUUUUGUUUACACUCCUAAUUGCUUUAAGCACUUUUUUUGUGUAAACUGUAAAGUCUGGCCCAGCCCUUGUGAAAAAAGUCACAAAUAAAAUAAUGAAGUUUUAAUGAAUAAAAUUUAACCACUUAAUAAUGGAGAAACGUUUGCUGAAGCACUUAAGAAAUGAAGGUACUUUACAGGACUGUUCACCAUACUAGUGAACAUAAAACAAAAGAAAAAGGUGUUGAGAAUUGAGGCACUUAACCAAAGUAGAUCUUAUAAAUAAUAAAACCAACUUGACUUUUGCCUCAUUUAUUAAGAUUUUGUUAUAAUUAUCCUAGGACCAGUAGAUCUAAUUGUGUAUUAAUUCUUCUUUUUAAGGCACUCUUUUCUGUGGAAAUGUUAUAUCUGGGGUACUUAACAUGAUUGAACUUGACUCUAUGAGGUACUAUUAGAAUGCUAGUCUUUCAAAUUGACUUUUAAAAAUACGUAUCUUUAUCAUAAAGAACAAGACUUUUAACUAAAAAUCAUGCUAUUAUGAAAAGAAAUCAUGCCUAAAAAUGAAACCUGCUUAAGCCAAUGUAGAAAUGUUUGGACUUAUAAAAAGGCAGAUGGUACAUACAUGUAUGUGUAUGGUGUAUUAUAUGGUAGCAGAAAACGAGGGUGUUGCAUUUUCACAUUGAAAAGAAUACUUUGUUUUUUGAAGGUAGUUACUUUAGGGUUCUUUUAAUAAUAAUCUAAUGCUUUAAAUACAUGAUUUGAUUGUAGGAAUUGGUUUACAGUGUAGAACUUUUCUGGAAUACAUCUCUUCUAUAAAGUGAAAUUUAAAUAUAUUUAGUUAUUGUAAAUAAUUUAAACUCAUAGUGGCUUACUGUUUUAGAAAAUGCUUUCACAGCUAUCUCAUUUAAACCUCAUAACCAGCUCUGACAUAGAAAGGACAGGCUGUAUUCCCAUUUUAGAGAUAAUGAAUCUGAAGUUAAUUAAGGUGAAGGACCCAGUUAAGCUCACAUCAUUUGUAAGUGGCCGAGCUGCUAUAAUAACCAGGGAGAGAAAUGUAGUGUACUAAUGAAUGCUUACCAUGUACCGGGCACUACAUUUUCUCAUGUAAUCUUAACUAGUCUGGGAGGUAGAGAGUAUAAUUCUUAUGAAGAAAUAGUCUCAGCGGAUGAACAAACAAACAAACAAACAAACAAAAAAGUCUGCCUCUAAUUUCCAAAUUAGAAUAUAAGAAAUUUUAAAAUUGUGAAAACCUCAUGGAUUUGGGCAAACUGAAUGUAUAAGUUUUUGAAGUUGGCACAAAAAAAUAUGAAAUGAGGCCUACUCUUUUCAGUUAUUUAACCUUUUGUAAUAUUUGCUUUGAAGUAUUUGGGACAAAAGUUCCAUUAACUCUAAAAUUCAUUAAUUCUGUAUCUGUACUUAAAUUUUGCAUCUUGCAACUAAGUUUAGCCUCAUUCAGAAUUUAUUAUUUUAUGAGCAUAAUUUAUUGUUUUAAAUUUAUUUUUAGCUGAUAGCAGUUAGCACUUAAAUAUGUAAAUUGGAUAAUUUAUUAAGUAUAGAAAUUUGUUAACCUAAUCAGUUUUUACUUAAAUGCACCAAAGAUUUUUAGUAGGUAUUAAAAUAGUAUAAAAGAAUUUAAAUUCUUUGUUGUUUGAAUAAAUAUUUGUCCAAAGAAGCACAGUUGAAGUCCUACAAUUAUGGAUUUAAAAGAAAAAAAAUCAUUAGUGUGUGAAUACUAAGAUUAAGUGUUUGUGUUUAUAUGUAUAAAACUAAGAACAGGAGAAAAUACUCUGGGAAUAGUCAUACUGACAAAUUAAUUACAAGUAAGAAUACUCAGUUUUUCUCAGUUUAAUUGAAUGUUAUCUUUUAAGUGGACACUAUUAAAUGCAAAAUAAUAAGCUUAUUUUUUACACUACACUAUUAAAAUCAGUUUGCCUUAGAAUUUUUUUUAAGACAAGGUGAAGUUAUUUUUGUAAGAAACCCCACCUAUUUUUUGCGGCCUAAAAUACCAUUUACUGUUAGGGUUUGUUCUUCAUGCCAGCACGAUUUAACGAACUCUGAAGGUAUUAAGCUUAGCAUACUUUUAAGUAAUUUAGUCAUUUAUAGCUGGGAGAAGAGGAGUUGCAAAACGAGGGUUUUAAACUGGUGCUUUAUUAAAUGACUUUUAAAAGUGAUGGUAGGUCAUGAAAAAGGUACACUAAUAAUUUUCUGUCAACCUUUAAAGUGUCAAAACAUCUUUGCAGAGUGACUACUCGUAUAAACUGUUAGUUAAGGGCUAAUAAGUAAAUAUCAUUCAUUGCUUUUCAUUCUAUAAUUGCAAACAAAAUAAAAAAACAGUUAAACUGGUAUGUUUAUAAGUUUGAGUUUUCUUCCUUCCAGAUCAUUCUACGGUUUCAUUGAUGAAAAGUCAGAUUUGGAACAUUAGCUCUUUGUCGUGUCCUUCAUACCAUUCUUUUCUGGAUUGAAUCUUUGUGCCUUUUCAAUGAGUUGCUUAGAGUUAAUAUUAUCAGAUGCUUAGAGUUGAUUCUGCUGGCUAGAUCGUACUGGUUAAUAAGUGGGUUUGAUUUUGUUGCUGUUAUGGCUCUCAUGUUUGUGUUGCCUGCUGGUCAGGCAACACUUAUUUUUUUAGGUUGCUUUACGUUUAUGUAGGGAAAUUGGCACUAAAUACUAGUGUGAAUAUUUGUUUUUUGUUUUUUAAUCUCUAUUAGGCCUUUAUAGUCACUGUAAAGCCACUCUGGACCUGUCUGUACGUUCUUACUGGAGGAAUCUGACAAGUCAAAUAAAAUGAGUAGUGUGUCUGCCUCGCGUCUCCUCCUCCCGCCCUCCUCCCCUUUUUUUUUUUUUUUUUGCAUAAUCAGUUACCAUAACCACACAGUUCUACACUGAAUGGCUUCUUAUUUCAGUUUGCCUAAAACUGAACCAAGAGGUGAUGGUUGGAGAUGAGUUUCCUUUUAGGAGCAGGAUCCCAAUCAACAUACAGAACUUGAGUUGAUGAACUCAGGAAAAGUUAGGACUUGUGAAGUUGUGUUUGGAUCACUCUAAUAGUCAGUGCCAAAUUUCAAAUGACUAAAAAUGUAUUCUUUCAUAAGGAACACGUAACAUUUCUAAAACUUUAGUAUUAUAGUAGAUGUUACUUCCUAUUAGAGUGAAUAAUGGAUAACGUGAAAAUAAUUUUUCUAAACAAGUUUUAGGAACUAUAGACAAUUCUUCCUUAGAUCCUCCCUUUUUCUUUUGCACAUUCCUCUCUCGGUUAAGUCUAUAGUGGUUUUUAUGGGGGGGCAUCACCCUCUGUAUUUCCUCCAAAAUUAUUUCUACUUAAAGAUACUUUUAUCCUGGCAUAUUAGCAUGCUUUCUGCACUUCUUCUUUGGGAGCAUUAAUAAGAUAGAUAAUAAUAGAAUUAGGUUGUGUGGAAGAUGAGAGAAAGAGGUUUCGUAGAGAGAGUGCCUAUGAUUUGUUUACUCUUCAUGUUUCAACUUGCUGUGUAUUGAUCUUAAAUCUAUGACUAUUGAAGAAUCCCCAAAGAAUUUAAAUUUAGCCUUUGCAGCCAUUAUAUAGAGAAAUUAAGAAUUAUAUUCAAAAAAUAGAGGUUAUACAAAAAUGGACAUACCUUUUCUUUUUUUUCAAAUUUUUUGGUAAAGAAAUAAUUUCAGUGCUUGCAUUCCUGUUGGAAAUUCUAAAACCUUUCUUGAAUGAAGAGCAUGUACACUUAGGGUUCCUCCGCCUCUUUGCUUGGUUUCCUGCUUGCAUUAAAGUUGGACAGUGUACAGUGGUGUAAUUACAAAACUUGUUCCUUCCAACAAUCGACUUUUCUUAUCCCUAUAGGUAAAACUAUUACAAUUGUUGAGUGUGGCUGCCAAAAAACGAGUAUAGAGGUGGGCAUUGAGCUGCUCCAGGGUGUGUAAUAAAUGUUCUCAUUUAGGGGAUUUAUGCUGUAUAUUAAAGUGGAAAUGCUUUUGAACUUAGUUUUCAGUCUCAAAUCAUAAGUUUUGCUUUGAAUCAUUGAGGACAUGUUUAAAAGCAGUUACAAAAAUAUCUGAAAUACCAGAAUUCGUUACUUUGUCAACUGUAUGUAAGGUAUCUUGUCAGUUUUAUAGAUAUUUUGGCUGUCUCUUGUGUUUCUUAAGUACAAAUGUCUUUAUAGAAAAAUUCAGUUCUCUGUGAAGACUAGACAAUGUAUUGUAUAUUGAACUAGUUCUUUGUGUUAUUUUGAUAUUUAAAAUAAAUACAAAGUUCUUUG